AUUACAUUAAAAGUUCAAUAAGUUAAAAAUCAAUUGCACAAUGGAGUGGGAAUUGACACCAGUCCAUGAAAUUGAACUUAGCACAGGUAGAGUUUCCUUUGAUCCAGCAGAAAGUUCUAGAUUGAAUUAAGUCAAUCAAUCUGUUUUCAUUCCAAGGCUGUUUUUCAAAAAUAAUACCAUUUCUGCUUACCCAAAUGGACCAAGCAGCUGUUGAGAUUGUGAGGUUCCAGCUCCUUCUUGCUUUCUUGGGGACCUGUAGAGAGAUGAGAGAGAAACAUAGAGAGAGAGGACCUUUUUUUCCUUACAACCCGAACCACCAGCCUAAGACGAAGGUCCCCCCUCCGCCGGAGGCUGGUGAGCAACCUGAGUGGCAUCUAGGGAAGGUGGAGUGGUUUAAAAGGGACAAAGGAGGACUGAGCAAAGGACUACUAAAGCAGACCACUUCGUUCUUUAUCGCAAACUUCCCAGAGGAAUGGAAGCAAAAGGAUAUGUGGAAAGAAUUCAAGAAAUAUGGUAGAGUUAUCCAGAUCUAUAUUGCAAAUAAGAAUGACAAAUGGGGUAGAAAAUUUGGGUUUGUUCGAUUCUUGAACAUUAGAAAUCCAAGAGAGAUGGAGUUGAACCUGAGCAAAAUACAGGUGGGUGACAGGAGACUUCAAGCAAAUCUAGCAAUGUACAAUGAGGAAAAUGGUGAUCUAGGAAUGAAGAAAAGGGAGAGCAAGACUAAUGCAUGCCCUUCCAAGCAAGUUGAAGCCACCGUUGGAACAAAAUCGUAUGCUGAUGCAGUAAGGAGUAAUGAGGAGGCGUCAAAAGGAAAAGGAGUACAGGGGAAGAGAUGGACUCCAGAGAAGAACAGUAGAGUGAAUGAAGAGAGGGGUGAGACGGAAGAGGUAUGGGAGUGCCAUCCAAGUGCAGAAAAUGAAGAAUGGUUGAAGAACUGUCUUGUAAGGCAGAUUCAAAGGCCAAAAAUGAUUACAGAGCUUAAAGACAAAAUUAUGAUCGAAGGAUUCUUCUCAAUAAACAUCACUCCAAUGGGGGGAAACAUGGUGCUAAUACACAGUGAGGAUGAAGAGGAGAUAUCGAAGUUUAACAAAGAGGGCAGUGGGUGGACAGGAGAAUGGCUCAGUGAUAUUAGACCUUGGAGCCUAAAGGAGGUGGCAAAAGAAAGAUACACAUGGCUCCAGUGCUACGGCAUGCCUUUGAAUAUAUGGAAUGAAGAGUUUUUUAAAAGAAGGAACAAUCUAGAAUCUCAAGGGGAGCAAAGGAGCAAAAAGCAAACAGAAGCUCAGAAGAGAGUGCAUCGGACGAAGCGGACAGAAGUGAGGAAGAUUGAGAUGAAGCGAAGAAAGUUGAGGAAGAGCAAAGGAGGUCGAAAAAGGAAAGAAAAAAGAAAGAUGAAACAGAUAGUGGCAGAAGGCAUGGAAGUGGGUUUAGAAAAAUCCAAAGAAGGAGAUGCUUUAAUGGAGAACAGAGCUGAAGUUUCUCAAAGAGGGAUCUCCAUUUCAGUAAGUGACAUCAACAAUUGUAAUAGGAGGUUUAUGCUGAGAUCGUGGGAAGAAGAGGCAAGUGAACUAUGGGCAGUGGGAAAAAAUUUGCGUUUGGUUAGAAGGGGAGGAAGGGGGAAGAAAAGAGAAAUAAGGGAGAUGUUAGCAAAGGAGAAUUUUGAUGUGGUGUUCAUACAAGAAACUAAGAUGGACUCAAUUGAUGUGAGGACGAGCAGAGCAAUUUGGGGUGUAAGGGAUUUUGAGUGGGUGAUGAAACCGACAAUAGGUCAGUGGGGGAGCGAAGAGGUACCCUGUUUAUUUAGUAAUGUAUAUGCACCAUGUGACAAGCAAGAAAGAAGACGACUAUGGGCAGAAUUGCAGGCUACGUUGAGCAAUUACAAUGACAGAUGGUGGUGCAUUGGAGGGGACUUUAAUGCUAUAAGAAGUGUAGAAGAGAAACAGGGGAAAUAUAUUGAUUUCGGCAGUAUGGAUGCUUUUAAUAAUUUUAUUUCAAGCAAUGAGCUAGUUGAUUUACCAAUGAAAGGUAGGAAGUACACAUGGUAUAGAAGUCAUGGCAAGGCUAGGAGCAGACUAGACAGAUUUCUGGUCUCUGAUCAUUUCUUGCAAAGCUUCCAGAAUGUGGUUCAAUGGGGAUUGGGUCGAUCCUUGUCAGACCAUUGCCCAAUAAUGUUGCAAUCAAAAGUCGAGGACUGGGGUCCGAAGCCUUUCAGAACUAUCGAUAGUUGGCUGACACAUUCGGGCUUUGAACAAUUUGUAAAGGAAAAAUGGAACAGCUUUGAAGUUAGAGGAUGGGGUGGAUUCAGGCUUAAGGAGAAACUAAAAAUGCUAAAGAAAGAUUUGAGAAUCUGGAAUAAGGAGGUGUUUGGUGUAAUUGAAACCAGAAUUGAGGAAGCAAAGGAGGCAAUUAAACUAAUUGAUGAGAAGAAUGAUAUGGGGCAAAUUAGUGAAUUGGAAAAGAAUGAAAGGGCAUCCAAUUUUAGACAAUUGCAAGAAUGGGUGGACAAAAAGAGUAAUCUAUUGUAUCAAAAAGCAAGGCUGAGAUGGCUAAAGGAGAGGGAUGCAAAUAGCAAAUACUUCCACUCUUGUGUGGCACGACGAAAGAGCCAAAAUAGCUUGGGCGGGAUAGUCCAGAACGGCAGAUGGAUUGAUGAUGUUCAAGAGGUGAAAACAACAGUGAAAGAUUUCUUCAGAGAAAAGUUUCGAGAAGAUAGAUGGGACAGACCAGUAUUGGAAAGUAUAAAUUUUAACAUGAUUAGUGAUGAAGAGAAUGCUAUGUUGGUUGCAGAAUUUGGUGAGGAGGAGAUAAAAGAGGCAGUGUGGAAUUGUGGAGGUAGUAAAAGCCCCGGCCCAGAUGGUUUCAAUUUCAAUUUCAUUAAAAGGAUGUGGAGUACACUGAAAGAGGAUAUAUGUGAUUUUUUUAGAGAAUUCCACAGGAAUGGGAAACUUGUCAAAGGAAGCAACACAUCGUUCAUAGUGCUAGUUCCAAAAAAGACCAACCUACAAGUGUUGCAUGAUAUGAAGAAGAGCAAUGAGGCGAGAUUAAUUUUCAAAGCUGAUUUUGAAAAGGCGUAUGAUAAUGUGGAAUGGGGCUUCCUUGAUUAUAUGAUGGACAAGUUGGGUUUUAAUGUGAAAUGGAGGAUCUGGAUGAAAGAAUGUGUAUCAACGGCAACAGUGUCUAUUCUUAUAAAUGAAGCUCUAAGUGGCCUAAUGAGAAAAGCUGAAGAUAAGGAAUUCAGGUGGGCAAAGGUGAAUUUUGAUAAGAGCUGGCUUUACGGAAUGAACAUAGAUGGUGAUUUUCUCGGUGUAAUGGCAUUAAUCAUGAAUUGCUCAGUGGGGUGCAUCCCAUUUAAGUACCUAGGGGUCCCGAUAGGAGCAAACCCAAACAGAAUCUCGACAUGGCGCCCGGUGAUUGAGUGCAUGAGAAGAAGAUUGGAAAUUUGGGGGGGAUGGGCAUUAUCUUUCGGAGGUAGAAUAGCCCUUCUCAAGGUGAACAAGAAGGGAUCAGCAUGGUGGAGAGGGGUGUGGAAGCUAGAUAGAUUAGAUAGUUCGAACAAUGGAUGGUUAAAGGAUGGGUGUGUUAGAACGAUAGGGGAUGGCAAGGAGACACUAUUUUGGCAAGAUGUGUGGAUAGAAGGAGUGAGCCUAAAAGAGAGGUUCCCAAGAUUAUUCUCUUUAGCUACAAACAAAAGUGAUUCAAUAGCUGAAGUAAAAGGUGACAGUGAAAGAGUAGGAGAAUGGCAGUGGAGUUGGCGUAGGAACCUUUUUGUAUGGGAACAUAAUUUAUUGCAGGAAUUAACAGGAAUUUUGAGCCAGGUUCAUCUGAAGCAAGGGCAAGAGGACCACUGGACAUGGAGAUGGGAAAGCACAAGGAAUUAUUCAAUAAGGUCAGCUUACCACCAGAUCACCCAAUCCCAACGCGCACAAGACAAUGGCUAUCUUAACCAGAUUUGGAAGGCUAAAGCACCACUAAAGGUUGCAGCACUAGCAUGGAGAGCUUUCGUCGAUAGAUUACCAACAAAGAUCAACUUGGCAAAAAGAGGAAUAAUCAUCGACAAGGCAAAAAUUAUGUGCAGCUGCACAGGUGAAUGUAAAAAGCCACUACGAGCAGCACAUGGGACUUAUUCAAAAAAAGGAGUUGAAGGAAGCAUGGAGGGUAAUCUAGCUGACAACAAUUUGGACAUUAUGGGUAAGGACAACAAAAUUUCACAGAUGGGAAGCUGGAUUAAUGGCACAUGGAAUUGGAAUCUGCAAUGGAGAAGGAGAUUGUAUAGCUGGGAAGAACAAGAAGCGGCAGAGGUUAUGAAGGAAAUCCAGGACACUACAAUUACAAGAGGAAAAGAUGAUGUGUGGGAAUGGAUCCAUACCAAGGACGGGGGAUACUCUACAAGAUCAGCCUACCAAGCUCUAGCAGGGGCGCACGGGAUGGAACAUCAAGGAGUGGUUCUCCAAAAUGUCUGGAACUCACUAGUACCAAAUAAAAUGUCAAUUUUGGGUGAAAUAGAGGGGACAAGUCACCUCUUCAUUCACUGUGAAGUUGCUUACAACCUUGGGAACGCAUGCUUGAAAUGGUGGGAGAUAAGUGCUACGCUAGACAAAGAAUGUUGGAAAGUGUUUCAACAACACUCUAGCGUUCUUAAAAAUGAUGGGAAAAAGGAGAGCUGGGGAUGCAUCUUGUUUGCCAUUAUAUGGACAAUAUGGUUAGCUAGAAAUAUGAGGAUUUUUAAAGGAAAGGACGCAGAUGUGAGCAGAUUACUAGAGCUGGUCCAGUUAAGAGUUUUCAACUGGAUUAAAUGCAGAAAGAAAGGCUGUUCUUUUUCCUUGACAGAUUGGUUCUAGAAUCCUAUGGCCUGCUUAAAGAGUACUCACAACAGGAAGAAGAUUAAAGAAAAAGUAGGCGCCAGAUUAAAUAGCUGAACACAUAGGAAAAGAUCUCUUAUUUUCGAAGGGUUAAUGUAAUUUUGGGGGAUCAAUGCUGGACAAGCAUAAAUUUGUGUAACAGGU